AACAACAUGCUUUUGAUUUACAAGUCAAAUAUUUAAAGAAAAUAUUGGAAGCUGUCAUCAAGGGGAAGAUGCGUGAAGUGGAUCUGAAAGAUAUAAUAUUAAUUGAUCUGAAAGAUAUAACAUUAGAUAAGAAGGAUGAUAUUAUUAUCACAAAAGUUCAGCCAGGUCAUAAAAGUUAUUCUGAAAGCCACAGAGUGGCUGAUCUAUCCAAUCCAUCUAGAACCAAAUCAUCUAAUAUUCGUUCACGUUCUACCAGUAAUAGCUUUGAUGAGGUGAUUAUUCUUAGCUUGGAUAGUUCAGAUGUUCCAAUAAAAAAAACAUAUAUACUAAAAAUGGAUAAGAAACGUAACUAUAUACAAAAGGGCAUACUAAAAUGUAAAAAGAAAAGGCAUCGCCAUUCUAAGUCAAUAAGUAGUAUAAAUUUAGGAAGUUCUGAUCCACUAAGUCGUUAA